CACGACAGUGGGGCGAGAGACAGACGUCAGAGAGAGGCGAGAGAGGGAGACUAUGCAGCCCGUCAUACAGAAGUGUAUUGGGCAGUGGAUGUAAAUAAACCGUGUACUAUAUCCAUACUUUUCUUAUUCCCACCCCCUUUUGCCCGAGACAGAGACGGGGCUUGGAUGAUCGGGGUAAAGAUUAGUGGGGACAACCAGAAUUCAAUAAUCUGAUAACGUAAGGGGCCUUUUAAAAAUCUGAUUCAUUUUAAGGAAUCGUAAAGUCCUUGUAGCGGUAAAACAGAAGACACCACAGGGGGAAAAAAGAAAGGAGAGAGAGAAGGGUAAGGACCGGGAGUGCUGGGGAGCUCGUCGCCGGCUUCCGGACAUUUGGGGCGGCAUUGAAAUCGCAGACGUCGCUCCUGGGGAAAAGCAAGACUGAUAUCUUCAGUAUUGGACUAAAAUAUCUGGAAGCGGUAGAUUUUGUUUCAGCGAUGUCCAGGAAAGUCCAAAGAAGCGAGGUGUGCGCCGACUGCAGUGCACCAGAUCCGGGCUGGAGCAGUAUAAACCGAGGAGUUCUGAUCUGUGAUGAGUGCUGUUCUGUGCACCGGAGCCUGGGCCGUCACAUAUCCAUCGUCAAACACCUGCGACACAGCGGCUGGCCUCCUUCCUUACUGCAGAUGGUGCAGACCCUGGCCAGUAAUGGAGCAAACUCGAUCUGGGAACACUCUCUGUUGGAUCCAGCGCAAGUUCAGAGUGGGCGCAGGAAACCAAACCCUCAAGAUAAAGUCCACCCCACUAAGUCAGAGUUCAUUCGCGCAAAGUACCAGAUGUUAGCCUUCGUCCACAAGCUGCCCUGCCGUGAUGAUGAUGGGGUCACUACGAAGGACCUCAGCAAGCAACUCCACUCAAGUGUGCGGACAGGAAGUCUGGAGACGUGUUUACGGCUGCUGUCACUGGGGGCACAAGCCAACUUCUUUCACCCGGAAAAGGGCACGACCCCUCUUCAUGUGGCUGCCAAAGCGGGGCAGGUUCUGCAGGCCGAACUGCUGGUGGUGUACGGGGCGGAUCCAGGAGCUCCAGAUAUCAAUGGCCGCACACCUAUAGACUAUGCCCGGCAAGCAGGUCACGUGGAGCUUGCCGAGCGCUUGGUAGAGUGUCAGUAUGAGCUCACAGACAGGCUGGCCUUCUAUCUUUGUGGACGUCGCCCAGAUCACAAAAACGGUCAUUACAUCAUCCCUCAAAUGGCAGACAGAGCUCGCCCUAAGUGCCCGACGCAGAGCCUGGACCUCUCUGAACUGGCCAAGGCAGCCAAGAAGAAGCUUCAAGCGUUAAAUAACCGUUUGUUCGAGGAGCUGGCUAUGGAUGUGUACGAUGAAGUGGACCGUAGAGAGAACGAUGCAGUGUGGCUGACAACUCAGAACCACAGUACGCUUGUGACCGAACGGAGCGCCGUCCCCUUCUUACCCGUCAACCCUGAAUACUCCGCAACACGCAACCAGGGCCGGCAGAAAUUGGCUCGCUUCAAUGCCCGAGAAUUCGCCACGCUUAUUAUCGACAUUCUCAGUGAUGCCAAGCGACGGCAGCAUGGAAAGGGCUUGACAAGCCCCACAGACCCGCUGGAUCUGAGUCAGGCAGACGAUGACCAGCACGAUUAUGACAGCGUAGCAUCUGAUGAAGACACAGAUAGUGAGCUAACGGCACAGAAUAACAACAACACCCAGCGCAACAACCGGGCCAAGAGCAUGGACUCGUCGGACCUGUCAGAUGGGCCCAUCACACUACAGGAGUAUCUGGAGGUGAAGAAAGCACUGGCCUCCUCAGAGGCCAAAGUUCAGCAGCUCAUGAAGGUCAACAACAACCUGAGUGAGGAGCUGAGGAGGCUUCAGAAGGAGAUCACGCGGAUGCAGACGGAGAACAGUGCGCUGCGGGGGGCCCAGGCUGGGGCUGGGGGCUCUGUGACCAGGGGUGGUGGCCCAGGGCUGUGGCCUGGUGGGGUAAGGGGUACAGGCGGAGGGGUAGGUGGAGACUCCAGCCUAAACACACCCUCGUCUGCCCCCCUCCGCCGGGAUAGACAAGCCUUCUCUAUGUAUGAGCCCGUGGGGACCAACCCCAAAGCUCACACCCCAGCCCUGGACCCCCUGACGGGCCGCCUGCAGCCUCUCAGCCCCGUGCGAAAGGGCGCUCCGACGGGUCCCACCCCCUACGGAGGAGCGCACCUGUCAGCCUCCACUGACGGCCGAUAUUAUCCUCCAAAAGCGGGAGAGAAAUAUGGGAGCGGACCUGAUAGUGACUAUGACAACUCUCAAAUGUACGACGUCUCCCUUGGUGUGGGCCGCAGCAGUGAAGAGGACAGCAGGGAUGUGGAAGACACCGAGGGUGAGCCGGACCCCACGCUGCCCUGCACAGAGGACGUCAUCCUCAAAACAGAGCAGGUCACCAAGAACAUCCAGGAGCUCCUGAGAGCCGCACAGGAGUUUAAACACGACAGUUUUGUGCCAUGUUCAGAGAAAAUCCACAUAGCUGUGACAGAAAUGGCCUCGCUGUUUCCCAAGAGACCAGCGUUAGAUGCAGUACGUUCUUCAUUGAAGCUUCUGGCGGCCAGUGCGUCCCGCCUGCAGGUGGAGUGUCGUAAAGCGGCGCCCUCCGACUCGUCGGCCAGUACGGUGGACUACCAGCUCCUCACCCAGCAGGUCAUCCAGUGCGCCUAUGACAUCGCCAAAGCUGCCAAGCAGCUGGUCACCAUCACCACCCGCGAGAAAAAACAGUGACCCUCCGACACACCAGGCCAGGGGCAAAGACUGAGAAACCAGAGAAAAGAGCAAAAACUGACAGCUGGGAACCGUUGGUCGGCUAGAUGGAAAAAAAAGAUGGGAAAAGAGAGGGUGACAAAUCCAGCUGCGGCCAACUGCGAGAUGUUUGGGAGAAGCUGAAUGGAGCGGCCUGCUUUUCCUUACACUCCUUUUCUUCUCUCAUUUCAGUAUUUCAGGAGGAUCUUCUUUCAUCUACACAUCUAAAUACAACAACACUACACAGGCAGACCCACAGUUCAGUGCUGAUGGUCUGCUAGCGCAUGCACAAGCACUCCUAACCGUCAGACAACCAGAAACCUUCCUCCUAAAUCAUGUAUAUUCAGUUUUUCCUUUCUCUCUGUCUUUCAAUUGAUUUUGUGUUUUUAAGUGCAGCUCCAUUGGCCUGUUUCUCUUGGGACAAAUGUACUGACUUUAAACAACAACACUGGAGUUAUUUUAACGAUUAUGACUUAAGUUUCGUAUUAUUGUUACAAUUAUUGAUGUCUUCUUUUGAGUUUUGUUUCAUUUAGUUUCGGUGGAAAUCACACAGAGCUUUGCGAACAUUAACAGAGGUGAACAAUAACCCGUGAAAACUAACCAGAACACUCGCGUCCUCCAGUGGUAGAAGCACUGGUUCACUCACACAGUGUUUUACUAUGUAGUUCCUCUUUUUUUUUUUUGAAGUGCGUUAAACACUAGCCAAAGGAGCAGAGGGGAAUGAUGACACUACAGUUACGGAUCCCCUCUUUUUUCCGUCUUCGAGCACAAAGACAGCAGUCGGGGUUGAUGUACAUAAAAGGUUCAUCUCAUCUCAAUCCCUCUGUUAGUGGGUUUUGGUAUCAGAACAAUGCAAAUGUCUUAGCACAAUCAUCACAUUGUCUUUAGCUUGUUAGGUUAGGACAAAACCAUCACUUUAGGACCAUAUGUUCACUUUCUGCACACAAUCGAAUGACCUUUUUUUUUAUUUUGGGGGAGUGUUCACUUCAGGACCAGGUGUGUGGUGAUUGUUUGUUUUCCUUGUGAGAAUAUUUGAUUUCGUUGUUCUUUAUAAUUCAUGAUUUGUUUUUUCUAAUUGAGCAUGUGUGUAGUUAAUGGUUAUUAAUGUAAGAAGACCCUUAUGUUUUAUAAGCUACGAGCAUGUGAAUGUUGAGGGUUGAAGAUGACCACUUAUCAAUUUUUUCGUCACUAACAUUUCACAUACAGUCACAGGGAAACCGUGUCACGUCCGUGAGGAUGUCCAUCUGCUGCAUCAGGACCAGUGAGGUCACACUCUGUCGAGGCGGUCAGGGGCACUUUUGUUGAGAAUUGUGGGAAACGAGUCCCUCGCUGUGUUGAUGUUCAUGGGAGAGGAGUUGAACUGGAGCUUCCAGUACGUACGCACAUGUAGAUGAGCGUGAUCAAACCAAGUAUUUGUUGUACAGUUACUUUGCAUUUUAGAUGCCUUAAAUGUCCUAUUGUUUUCCAUAUCGGUUUUAUCCACCAGCCUUUUAAGUUAAGCCAUUUUUUCAUUCUUGCCUUUUGUUUCCUUAAUUUGGGGAAUGGGAUAAUGUUAGCAUCCCCUGAAAACGUGUCAAAAAAGAUUGUCUGAAAAUCGCUUGAUCAUUGCCUUUGCACAUCUGCUAGACUGACUUUAAUCAGUAAUCAUGUGUCUUCCACACUAUAGAAGCACAUGGUGAGUAAAACAGUGUAUGCUUCAAAUUUUUUCAUUUUACGUCUUCAUUUUACACUAAAUAUGUCAGGAUGGUUUACUGUGGUGAUGGCUUAGGAGAAAAGAGUUUGGGCCAUUAUUUAAUAAGCACUAAAAUCAGAGCGAGAGAUUUCUGACAAAGAUGUCAUUGCACACGCACUAUAAAUCUGAUUCCUUUCAGAGUAGUCUGUAGAUUUUCCCAGCCAUCCUGUUGCAGAUGCAUACAUUGCUCACAUAAUGCACCUGGGAAAUUAUUUUUUAAAUAGAUUAAUGCACACACACACACACACACACACACACUUCCGUGAUCAGUCAUACUGGCUGCACUAUACUUAUGACUGUUCUUUAGCACGUGGUUAUUACAUGAGAGAUUAACUGAUGGGAGAAACUUGUUCAGCAGAGGCAACCUGUAAAAUAAAGAAAUUAAAUAAAAGACUAAGCAAAACCAUUUAAAAAGUAAUAAAGACUCAUAAGCUGUACAUUUGUAAUAAAUGAAAGAAAACGUU